CAACCGGUGCUCAUCAUCUCCUACGAGACCUUCCGCCUGCACGCCCACGCGCUGAACGGCGAAAUUGGCCUGGUCAUCUGCGACGAGGGCCACCGGCUGAAGAACCAGGAGAAUCAGACGUACCUCGCCCUCAAUCAGAUCAACGCCAAGCGGCGGGUCCUGCUCUCGGGCACGCCGAUCCAAAACGACCUGCUCGAGUACUUCAGCCUGGUGCAGUUCGUCUGCCCGGGCCUGCUCGGCAGCAGCUCCGAGUUUCGAAAGAAGUUUGAGAACCCGAUUCUAAGGGGGCGGGACGCGGCCGCCACCGACGCCGACCAGAAGAAGGGCAAGGAGCGGCUGGAGGAGCUGAUCGGCCUGGUCAAUCGCUGCAUGAUCCGCCGCACCUCGGGCAUUCUCUCGCAGUACCUGCCGGUGAAGGUGGAGCAGGUGGUCUGCUGCUCGCUGACCGCCCUUCAGAAGACCAUCUACCGGGCCUUUCUCAAGUCGAAGGCGGUGGCGGCGGCGGUGGAGCACCCCGAGGGGACGACGGACAAGAGGAAGAAAAAUGGCGGCGGCGGCGGCAUCAGCGCCUCUCUGGUGGCCAUCACCUUCCUCAAGAAGCUCUGCAACAGUCCGCAGCUCGCCUACGACAUGGUGCUGGAGAACCGGGCGAAGGCGAAGAAGGGCGACCCCGCCUCGAACUUUGACGAGCUGAUGCAGUACUUUCCCAAGGAGUUUGAAGGCGCCGGCGGAGGGAAGCAGGUGCUGGUGGCCACCAGCGGCAAGCUGAAGGUCCUCGACACGCUGCUCGCCUUCAUCAAGAACGAGACCACGGACAAGGUGGUCCUGGUCAGCAACUACACCCAGACGAUGGACCUCUUUGAGCGGCUGUGUCGCAUGCGAGGCUACCGCUACGUCCGCCUCGAUGGGACGAUGAGCAUUAAGAAGCGCGGCAAGGUGGUGGAGGACUUUAACGAUCCGCUGAGCAGCGACUUUAUCUUCAUGCUCAGCUCGAAGGCGGGCGGCUGCGGGCUGAAUCUGAUCGGCGCCAAUCGGCUGGUCAUGUACGACCCCGACUGGAAUCCGGCGAAUGACGGACAGGCGAUGGCGCGCGUCUGGCGAGACGGCCAGCGGAAGCAGUGCUUCAUUUACCGGCUGAUGAGCACCGGCACCAUCGAGGAGAAGAUCUUCCAGCGGCAGAUGCACAAGAAGGCCCUCUCCGCCUGCGUCGUCGACAACGAGGAGGACGUGGAGCGGCACUUUUCACUGGGCGAGCUGAAGGAGCUCUUUCGCCUGGAGGAGGCGACCAAUAGUGAUACGCACGACAAGCUCACCUGCAAGACCUGCCUCGACGGGAAGCCGUAUCGCGAGCCGCCGAAGGAGGCGGACUGCACCCGCGACCUCACCGACUGGUACCACUGUCCGGACAAGCGGACGCUGGUGGACACCAUUCUGAAGCGCAGCUGGGAGCAGGGCGUCACCUAUGUGAUGCACCAGAAGUCGCACAUUGCCAAGCCCAUUCCGUAG